AUGUUUAUAUUCUGCCACGACAUCAAAUCAGGAAAGUUUGCCGAAGCAAGUAAAAAUGGGACGAUGGUCAUCGUGUCUCUAACGAUUACUUUAAAGUAUGUCGUUCUCCUACAUCAUCAGGAAUCUAUUAAAGAACUAAUUAACAUUAUGGAAAGAGACUAUGCAACUGCUCAGGAGUUCUGUAAUGAGGACAAGGAGAUAGUGGUUCAGUAUGCUAAAAGAGGUGUAACUGAUUUGCGAGAUAAACGGAUAAACGUCGAGUUUAUUUCAUUCUUUGUUGGCUGCAUUCUACAUUUCUUCAUGCCCUGUUAUUACAGCGAUCUUUUGAUGGAAAAGAGUGAAAAGUUUCGUCAAGCAAUAUACUCGUGUGGUUGGGAGAAAUGCCCCAACAGACGUAUACGACAGAUUGUAUUGUUCAUGAUAACAAGGGCCAGGAUCCCUUUGGGCAUUACCACUGUGUUUUACGAGAUUAAUCUUGAUACCUUCGCUGAGAUGUGUCGCCAAUCCUACGGGAUCCUAAACUUAAUGAAUGCAGCUUGGGAAUAA